CAUAGCGCACAGACGCUCGCGCGCGCAGCAGUACUGCAGCUGUAAUGCGGUUGAAACAGAGGGAGCGAGUCAGGAUAAAUGAAGGGAUUCGUUACCAGCUCACUAACUGAUCUUUCCACUCCGUGAAGCCAGCAUUCAGACUCGGAACAGAGAAAAAUCUGCAGCUCCAGACUUUGGACAGCUGUGCGUCUGCCAGGCUGAAGCCCUCAGUGAGGAGGACCAAGGAACAGCUGUGCAUCCUGACUGAAUCUUAACUCUGUGUGCCAAGAUGAGUUGGAGGGGACUUGAGUGGAAGCUUUUCUGUUGACACCUGAGAUCUCCAGAUUUGAAUGCCCCUUUCCUGAAGAUUAUUUUUCGUAUCUCUUCUUGUGGCAUUGAAGCUCCUGUCUGUUUCUCCUGUCACUAUGGCCAGCCUCGUGAUCAAUGAAACUGGAAUGGAGGAUUGUGGGAUUGAUGACUCCUUUAAGUACAACUUAUACUCCACAGUUUACAGCGUGGUCUUUGUUUCGGGCCUGAUAACCAACUGCGCAGCUCUCUUUGUGUUCUGCUUCCGGAUGAAAACAUGCAAUGAGACCACAAUGUUCAUGACUAAUCUCGCAUUUUCUGAUUUGGUUUUCGUUUUUACACUACCGUUCAAAGUCUUCUACAAUGUGAACCGCAACUGGCCUUUCGGAGACGGUCUCUGUAAGGUUUCAGGCACUGCCUUCAUCACCAACAUCUAUGGCAGCAUGCUCUUUCUCACCUGCAUCAGCGUGGACCGCUUCCUGGCGAUUGUCUACCCAUUUCGCUCACGCUCCAUCCGGACACGCAGGAAUGCUGCGCUCGUGUGUGCCGCUGUGUGGCUCACUAUAGUGGGCGGAGGAAUAUCGGUGACUUUCUUCUCUACCAUCAACAGCCGGCACAGAGCCACCACAUGCUUUGAGGGAUUCUCCAAAAACACCUGGAAGACCUACCUUUCUAAAAUCACCAUCUUCAUUGAGAUCGUGGGAUUUCUUUUCCCCCUCUUGGCUAACCUGGUGUGUUCUUCCUUGGUUCUUCGGACACUUCGCCGCCCAGUUAGUGCCGGCCAUGGUUGUGACAGCAAGAAACGUGUCCUGCGAAUGAUUGUCGUCCAUCUAAGCAUUUUCAUCAUCUGCUUUGUUCCAUAUAACUUCCUGCUCUUCCUGUAUGCCCUAGUGCGAACCCAGGCUCUGGCUAACUGCAGCGUGGAGCGAUUCGCCCGAACACUUUACCCUAUCACCUUGUGUCUGGCCAGUCUCAACUGCUGCCUGGAUCCUGUGGUUUACUACUUCACCUCAGAGAGCUUCAAGAAGAGCCUGACCAUAGGCAGCAAAGGGUCAGGCUCUCGUCCUGAGAGCAUCCCCCGAAGUGACAAUGAAUCGCAGGACACAAUAGUCCCCAGAGACACUCAGUCGGUGUCCAUUAACGGAAAAGACACCACAACUUCUGACAGCCAGCUAUGACUCGCCACAGAACGGGCUCCACUUGAGCCCUGAACUUGCAUGAAAAAGCAAUCAGCUGUUUAAUUGUGGAAGAGGAAAACAAAUAGCUCAGGAGAUUAGUUAAGUCCAGCGGCAUGGCCUGGGCUUUAUGGAUUAAUCCAGCAGUAGAGAAACCAGGAAUGUAUCUGUUUGUUUUAACACACACAUCCAUACCAGGACUCCUGUGAUUGUUCUCAAAGAGCCACUGAGAGAUACUCUAGUCACACAAACACACCAAUCCUGCCAUAGUAUGGAGAAUUUUACCCAAAUUGUUGAAAUAAGAUUAUUAGUGUAAGAUGAUCUUUUUUAGGUCUGAGCUUUUCCAGUGCUUUAGAUGUGUGGUCAAUUCUGGUCUUACUAUAAAAGGCAGUAUUAUGUUGACCUGCUGGAUUAAAUGUUUGUCUGUUGAGGUUUCAUUUCAUUAAGUCUAUUUUUUAUUUUUCUCUAAUGGUUCUUGGUAUCAUUUAUUUCACCCAAUUCUAAUUUUUUUCACGCUGGUUCACCAAGUGGCCAGCAGAGCAGACGAUCUUAUUUUUUGAAGGAAAUUGGCUUGUGUGCUGUGUCACAGGGCAAAUGCUUAUUAUGACUUGAGCAAUGGUCCAUUGUUUGCUUGUGAAUGAGGUCUCUUUACCCUAAUCUGGCUUUAGACUGCAGAUCUACUCAAAGUCUUUUACAGGCAGCAAAUAUGCUCACAUUCCAAAGUAUGGAUGAAACUUUUGCCUGUUUACCCCAAAACUGCCAUCUUGCACAAUAUUAAUUGCUAAACUUUUGUGCAUUACCAGGAGGAUAUAAAGUGUUGAAUUUAAACACUUUGAUUGGUAAUCUUCUCUUCUUCAGAAUGAUGGAGAGAGAAGCUUUUUAUUCUGGCUUCAUAGCAUCUUCAGGAACAAACAAGCUGCUGCAGACAUUCACAUUUUAACCUAGAAUUUCAUUGCAUUCUAUAAGAAGAUCAGAAUGAUCAAUUAACAUAGUUUAGAUCAGGGAUAAAGUUAGGGUGUACGUUUUUAAAGAUAUAAACCAAAAGAAAAGCUUAAGUUUUGGCCACUACUGUUAGUCAUGUUCCUCAUAAAUCUGCUGUUUAUGUAAGAGUAGCAGGAAGAAAGCAAUUGUUGUAGAAAAAAGCAUAAACAUGAGAUUAGCUUUUUGCUACAAGCCAUUUAGACCCAGUAAACAUAUGGAAGGAUAAGCGAUGAAACCAAAAAGUGACUUUAUUUGUACACGCUGAAAGAAAUGAACUGUAUUUUGGUCAAAUUAUAUUUCUAUGUUUUGACAAUUUUAAAUUUGUGAUUCUGAUCUGAAGCCAUUUUUUCAGUUAACCUAGAAUUAAAAAAAAUCAUACCAUGGAACAAAAUAGCUAUUUAUUAGAUUAGUAUUAAUAAGUUAAUAUUUACUUGGUAACAAUUAGACUUUGUUCAUACAGCCUCCUGAAGUCACUUUGUUUAUAUGUGAUCUGGAUCUGAUCUUUUCAGGACAGUCUGAACAACACAGAUCCAAUGCGACCCACUGGGCUCUGUGGUUCUGAAUCCGAUACGAAUUUGAUCUCUUCAAAUACGACCUGCGUCUGAAUGGCCAGGUCACAUUCAACUGACCUCAAUGCCGUUAAUUCUCAACAAAGUCAUGAUUCUGCGUCUUUCUAUGCAGAAGCAGAAAGAAAAAUAACCAUGGAGGACGAUGAUGCGGAGAGCAGUCUUUAUUUUCAACCUUCUUGAAAAGACUGUGUUAUUGAUGCGCUGGCCGAGGUUGAGAAAGAAACGAAAAAUCGCAAAUGCUGUUCUGCACCACCACCCAUGUUUACUUUUGUCUUUCAAAUCUUUAUUUCAAUUAAAGAAUAAACAAGUACAGGAAACCACGUUCACUUGCAUAAACACAGAGCAUGCUCACUACUUGUGACGUCAUUGCGUCCUCUACUGCACAUGUGGAAUACUAAAGUUAUGUGCAUUCACACAGGAGAUCACAUAAAAGUUGCAUAUAUUUGAAAAUGUGAACAAACACGAAAAAGAAUCGGAUUUCAUAAAAACUCUGAAUUGAUCAUCAAGGCCUGCAGUGUGAACAUAGCCUUGCAAAUAUCUACUUCUAGUUUAAAUCCAAAUGCCUCAAAUUGGUAAGGACACUUAAGCCACGGCGAAAGUAAGCGGACGGCCCAAGUGUAAUCUGAAUAGUGCUAGCAGUACGGAAGGAUCUAGGACGGGGAAGCAGUCUGCAUCCUAGCACUGAUUCGGUUAGCAUAGGACCUCCUGACCUAAAUAUAGUUUCCCACAAUUCUAACAGAACAUUUAGUCACUGCCCACUGCAUACAUAUUUAUAACGUUUACUUUGUGUGACACAUGCUAAGAUGAACAUGUUCACCUCUUAUAAUAGGAGAGCUUCAGCCUUUGUCACCCAAUAACCUCCAUAAAACUGAAGCUGUCCAGAUUGAACACAGCAGUUCCUUUUUUACCCCGGAUAGUGUUCUUACUGUUGACCCUUGAAAAGGUGAAGGAAAAGGAGCUAGAAACAGCAGAAGCUUUAAUUGAAGUCUUUGGAUAGAGUCAAAAGUAAUCGUAUCAAAUUACAGUGGAAUCUGCUUAUAGUGAUCACAUUGGUCCAAAGCCAGUUUGAACACUAUAACGGUUGAUUACUAUAUCUGACUUUAACACUAUUUCACUUAUUUUUUAUGCAAAAUAUCACCUAAAUGACAUUUCUGUGGUUUUUCAAUGGUGAAAACUGAAAUGAAAUGGACAGCUUCCGCAUUUACUGAAUUUUAUUACAGUACCAUGCAGGUUUAUAUACAGUAUACUGGGCUGGUACUCUGGUAGCCUGGUGCCGCCGGUGCGGUUUUGUUUUUAACAAGUCUUAACUUUGAAACAAAUGGUUUCAUAGAACAACAGUUGCGCAGUGGUUAGCGCACACGACCGACGUAUGGAGGCCUAGUCCUCGACGUGUGGUUCGAAUCUGGCCUGUGGUCCUUCCCCGUAUGUC